AUGCAAUCCGAUGUAGUAUUGGCACAUUAUGACCCACAACUGCCAUUAGUACUAGCUACGGAGGCAAGUCCCUUUGCAGUGGGUGCAGUCUUGAGUCACAUUUUUAGUGAUGGAUCAGAACGUCCAAUACAAUACGCGACACAGACAUUAUCCGAUGUUCAACAACGAUACAGUCAAAUCGAUCGUGAAGCUUAUGCUAUUGUCUUUGGAAUUAAAAAAAUGUAUCAUUACGUUUGGGGAUGUAGGUUCACUUUGGUUAUAGACAAUAAACCUAUUUCACAAAUUUUUCAACUAGAAAAGGGUUGCCAACAUUGUCAGCAACGCGUUUGCAGCAUUAUGCAAUUUUUUUGGAAUCCUUUGACUAUGAAAUACGAUGCAAGCGAUCGAAAGAAAAUGGAAAUGCGGAUGCGUUAUUCAGAUUACCGAUUAAACAAACAAAUAAUACAAAUUGAAGAAGUCGACCACUUGGAAGUGAAUGCAAUCAAUAAUUUACCAGUGUCAGUAUAA